AUGACUGAAUGGUGUGUAAUCGCUUACGAUAAGGUUGGUUCCGACAGAUCCAAGCUGAGACCACAGCACUUGGCUGGUAUCCCACCUCAAGUAGAGCAAGGUAAAUUGGUAUGUGCAGGUGCCAUUUUCAAUGAACCUACUACUCCAGGUGGAGAACGUACUUUUGCUGGUUCUCACUUACAAGUUGUUGCCCCCACCAAGGAAGAAGCCCUGAACAUUGUUAAAGGUGAUAUUUUUGCUAGAGAAGGGAUCUGGGACAUGGAUAACAUUAUUAUCUAUCAAUUUGGUUGUGCUGUUCGUGAACCAAAGAAAUAG